AUGGACGACUGGGGAGGUAGUGGGAGAGGGAACUACCGUCCUCGCGGUUCCCGCGGUUUCGGCGGAAGUGGAGGACGCCAUAACGAUAAUUACUAUGGAGGACGAGGUGGCCGGAGUGGGAGCGGGUAUUACGAUGGUGGUGGGCCAGGCGGGUACUACGAUGGCCCGCAAGGUGGCCGCGGAGGUCGAGGAGGCGGUCGUGGGGCCUACAUAGAUAGCUACCAAGGAGGGCAAAAGCGGCAGCAGCAGCAGCAGUACAACGCCAACCCGCCACCCAACCUCACGUUGUUAAAGACUAUCCAAGCGCAUAGUGGCCCAAUCACCUGCAUGUCUUAUGACCAAGCAACGAACGCGCUAUUCACCGGGGCCAAAGACGGCAAAGUCAAGCAGUGGGACUGCAACAGCGGCCAGGUAGUCCACGAGGAGACCCUCGGCGGGCAGGUCGACUCCAUCUUGUUCAUCCAGGGCUUCCUGUUUGUUGCGUACGUUAAGGGGCCAGAUCCGCGGAACCAGGACGGCAUCAUAAACUUCUACAACACCGCCGCUGGGAAAACGCAGAUGAUUCCGGGGCACAGGGGCCAUAUCAAUCAGAUGCUGGCAUCCAACAACCUGCUAUUCAGCUGUGGGCAGGACUGCAGCAUCCGCGUGUGGGGCAUGGAGGGCGAGGCGUUUGUGUGUAAGCAAAUUCUGGACAAGGACAAGGGCGGUCACACGUACCCGAUCUACGCUUUUGAGAUGAUCAACGGCUUCCUGGUGUCCGGGGACUCGUUCGGCAGCCUCAAGAUCUGGGACCCCGCCACAGGGACAUGUACGCAGACAGUUACGUCAGCCCACAACGGUACCAUAACGAGCAUCUUGCAGUACGGGAACAACAUCCUGACGGGCUCCGUAGACGGCUACAUGAAGGUUUGGGAGCUGAUGAGCCCACCCGUGCCUGGCGCCGUUGUCAAACCGGAAGCCAUCGACAGCUACUUUGAAGACGACGGUGGUGGCCGUAGCGGUGGCGGGGGGGGAAGAUACCGCCAGGGGGGCGGCGGCCCGCACAACUCAAUUCUCACGAUGGACGGCUCCCCAGACAACAAAGGCGAGAGCAUACUGGCCAUCUCGACGCUCCAAACCGGGGUCAACGUGUACAAUGUAGACCAGAGCAUGUCCCUGCUGGGGAUGCUGCCAGGGGUGGUGGUGUCUCGGGCAAUCACGAACAUCCCAGGCGCAGCAAUUAUCGUUGGGGACGACACUGGCAAAGUGCACAUAUUCUCGUGGUCGGGCUGA